AUGGCACAAACGCUUACACUAGGUGACUCAUGCGCCCCGAUAACUUGUCAUGCGUGGAAUAAGGAAAGAAAUCAAAUUGCUUUUUCUCCAAAUAACAAUGAAGUGCAUAUUUACCAGAAGGAGGGGAAUGAUUGGAAGCAGACUAACAAUCUGGUGGAACAUGAUAUGAGGGUCAUGGGAAUAGACUGGGCUCCAAACACUAACAGGAUCGUUACAUGCUCUGUGGACCGCAACGCUUAUGUCUGGACCCAAAGUGAAGAUGGGAAGUGGACUACUACCCUGGUGUUGUUGCGUAUUAACAGAGCGGCCACAUGUGUUAAAUGGUCUCCGAUGGAAAACAAAUUUGCUGUUGGCUCCGGAGCUCGCCUGAUAUCCAUUUGCUAUUUUGAAAAGGAAAAUAAUUGGUGGGUCUCUAAACAUAUUAAAAAACCAAUUCGCUCAACCGUCACAACCUUAGAUUGGCAUCCAAAUAACAUUCUUUUGGUUGCUGGCUCGACUGAUUUUAAAGUAAGAGUUUUUUCCGCCUAUAUUAAGGAUAUUGAGGAUCAACCUGGACCUAACGUCUGGGGAUCUAAGUUGCCUUUGGGUCAAUUAUUGGCUGAGUUUCCAUCUGCUGGAAAUGGAUGGGUGCAUAGUGUUUCCUUUUCUGCCGAUGGCAACAAAGUCGCUUGGGUUGGUCAUGACAGCUCUAUAAAUGUGGCCGAUGCUUCUAAUGGGAGGGCUGUUAUCAAACAUAGGACUGAAUAUCUACCAUUCCUUGGAUGCAUUUGGAUCUCAAAUAAUUCUUUGGUAGUGGCGGGCCAUAGCUGCAUUCCAUUACUCUACUGCCAUGAUGGAGGAGAGAUUAAGUUUGUUGCUAAGCUGGACAAUACUCAGAGGAAAGAGUCUGGUGGUUUAUCUGCUAUGAAGAAAUUCCAGUCAUUGGACAGACAGGCUCGUAUUGAAACCAACGAUACCUAUUUGGACUCCAUACAUCAAAAUGCUAUAACUAGUAUUAACUUGUAUGAGGGAACCAAGGCUAAUGCUGUCAAGUUUAGUACUUCUGGUCUGGAUGGUCAGCUAGUCGUUUGGGAUUUGGUCUCCCUCGAGAAGUCCAUUGAAUCCCUGAAGAUUUUCUAA